AUGCACACCACGGUCCAAGAACAUUUUGGCUUCAUACCUUGUAAUUGGCAAGUGCAGUCUGCUCAAGCACAGCUGAAACAGAGAGACAUUGUCACUUUGUCACCUACAGGGUCUGGAAAAACACUCACAUUCUGGAUGCCUCUCUUGUUCAACAAUGGUGGCAUCACUAUUCUGAUCACUCCACUCACAAUUCUUGGAGAAAAGAAUGUCACAGAGUUACAACAAGUUCAGAUCCCUGUGGUGAAUCUUUCUGCCGCAACAGCAACAGAUGCAACAUUCGAGGAUAUUGCCACUUGGAAGUUUUGUGUUACACCACAAUUUGUCAACAAACUUUUCAGCAUUACCUUUGAUGAGGCACAUUGUGUCAGCCAAUGGGGUGGUGACUUUCGCCCCUCCUAUGCUGAGCUUGCAUCUGCCACACUGCCACAACAUGUACUACAUGAUGUCAAGAUGCUGGACCCUUUAAACAGCAUGCAUGACUUAAAAUGUGUCCUCAAGUUCGAUGGUGACUCACCUCCUCCAAAAUUCAUGGUAUUUUGCAAUGAGCGCAAGGAGACGGAACAAUUGUGUGAAUUUGCACGGUCAGAAGCACCAUCAAGCAUGGCCAACAAGCUAGUCUGGUUUCAUUUGGGCAUGAGUGCAAAUUUUCGAGCUGAGAUGAUCGAGAACCUUCGGCAAGGAGAAAUAUGGGGUAUCUUUUGCACAGAUGCUGCUAGUAUGGCUGGUCAUUACAAUUAA